GAAAAUAAUGUGGUAGUAUCCAUAAACGAAAUAUUUGAUGUGAGGCAGUGCUACUUUCCAGGAAGCAUGUUUUUUUCUCUCAAUUUGGUCAACCCUGUGUAUGCUUCUGUGUUUGCAGGAGCGUACUUGCUAUUCAUAGUAGCCGCAUCCGUCACAUGGUCAUCCCCGGUGCUACCCCAACUGGCGAACAUAACGACCACCCCAUUCGACCAACCAAUCACCACCAUCCAAGGCUCCUGGAUAUCAUCCCUGGUACUGCUAGGAGCCACGAUCGGUCCAACGAUAUUUACCCUCCUUUCAGACGUGAUAGGCAGAAAAAACACUUUGCUCUCCAUGGGGGUGCCUCUCUGCCUCUCCUACAUCCUCAUGGCCUCGGUAAGAAGGGCGGAAGCCUUCUAUGUAGCGAGGUUUUUGCUAGGGUUACCCCUAGGGGGCGCGUUCGCCGUUUUCACAAUGUACGUCGGUGAGAUAGCUAGUAAAAACAAUAGGGGUAGCAUGUCUUCCAUAAUGAGCUGCAUUGUUAACUUGGGAUUCCUUUUUCCUUAUGUCAUCGGACCUUGGAUAGCGGUGACGACCUUCAAUAUCAUUCUGGCGGUGAUGCCACUGGGCUUCUUGGGGCUGUUUUUCUUGUUCGGCGAGGAGACUGCGCAUUUUUGGAUGGUGAAAGGAGAAGAGGCUAAAGCUAUGGCUGUUCUGAAGCGUAUCAGACCUUCAGGGGAAGAUGUGGAGAAGGAAAUGCUGGAUAUCAAGCAGAAGAUCCAGGAGCAGAGCGGAGGUACCGUUUUGGAUGUCAUGAGGUCCAUGUCCUUCAUCAGAAGCUUCUUGGUAGCCGUGGGGCUUCUGAUCUUCCAGCCUUUUACUGGUAUCUGCGCUGUACUCAUGUACGGUCAGACCAUAUUUUAUAUGACCGGGUCGACUUUGGAGCCUGCGAUCUGUGCUAUCAUCUUGGGGUUGGUGCAGUUCUUCAGCAGCCUUUCUACUCCUGUUUUGGCUGAUAAGCUUGGGAGGAGGACUAUGCUGAUGGCGUCUGCUGCUGGUAUGGCAGUGUUCGAGAUACCUCUUGGUGUUUACUGCUACUUCAGUGAGCAUGGAGCUGAUCUUUCAUCUUGGAGUUUUUUCCCUAUAGUUGCACUUACAUUGUUCCUGCUGAGCUACAAUAAUGGGUUCGGUCCUUUGCCUUGGGUGAUUCUAGGUGAGGUUUUUCCUACUAGGGUCAAAACUAUCGCGUUCUCUAUUAUUACAACUAUUAAUUGGGGUAUGGGCUUUUUUAUUACGAAGUAUUUUACUUAUUUCGUAGACCAAAUUGGACUUGGAGGUGCCUUUUGGGUGUUUGGGCUCUGCAGUUUUUCAGCUAUAUUGUUCGUGUACUUUUUCUUGUUCGAGACUAGAGGAAAGACUUUGGAGGAAAUCCAGGAUGACUUGAAGAUAUGAGAACCGAUCAAAGGUUCAAUUCAUUAGGUACCAGUGAACAAUAAUAAUGCAUCCAUUUUCAUCUCUCAUCGAUGAGUUGAUAUUAUCAUUACUAUCAUUGACAUAUUUGCGUUUGUUCCAGUAUUAUUAUAAUGCAUGAUUAUAAUUCAUUCUGAUUAUUUAUAUUACUAUUAUUAUUAUUUUCAUUAUUAUCAUUAUUAUCGUUAUAGGAAUUAAAUGAUUUCAACACAA